GCGCGUGGAAUAAUUUCCAUUGAGUAUUAUGCGAACUUAUUGCAAAACUUUAGCGAAGAAAUCAACCGAAAACGACCGCAUUUAGCUAAGAAGAAAGUGUGGUUUCAUCAAGACAAUGCACCAGCUCAUUCAUCUGUCAUUGCAAUGGUCAAAAUUAAUGAAUUAAAGUUUUAAUUGCUAUAUCAUGCACCCUAUUGUCCAGAUUCGGCCCCAUCGGAAUAUUUUCUGUUCCCAGACAUGAAAAAAUUGCUCGGUGGUCAAAUAUUCUCCCAACAAAGAACAGGCGAUGUCGACAGUUAAUGGAUGGACGAUUCUUAUUAUAAAAAUGGUAUCGAACUUAUUGAACAUCGCUGGAAAAAGUGUAUGGAGCUAAAAGGUGAUUUUUUUCCAAAAUUUUUGUGUUUUCUUUGUGGGAACUGGUACUUCUGGGACCAAUCUUGUAUAGAACUGGAAAACUGCACUUGUAGACCAUCAUUUGUAUUAUCUGCCGGUUUUAAUAUGUGAAAAAUUUCUUCGCUUCAAUAUAAACCUGUCGCAACUAGUUAAAACUAGUUUGUAGUUCUAUAAAGUGUACCCGGUUCCCACUCGGGAGCGGAUUAUAUUACAGAUCAAGGGAAAAAUUUUAACAAACGCAGCCUGAGGAAGUUUAGAUCCAGUACAACAGGACCUAUUUGAAAAUAUAGAAGUGAAAAACUGAAGUAAAUUUUGUGAAAUUUACCCGAUUAAGUGACACUCUUUAUAGUCUUCAACAAAUUGUGCGCAUUUUUCUUUCAACAAGAUUUAGUAUAUCUUUUCAAAUAAGAGAUGGGGGAGAGUGGGAAUUCCGUUAUGAAAAAAUGCCUGUAAGUCCGGUUCUGCUUAUCCGAUUUUCAUAAACUUAAUAUUGUUUGAAACAUAUUUUAUCAAGCAAUAGAUAAUAUAUAAAUUCUAAACAAUUUAGUUAAUAAUGUCGGCGCUACAGGGCGUUGUUUCAUAAAUCAUAAAAGUUUAAGUAGAUUUUUUAAAAGUGAACCAAAUGUUUUUUCUUUCCCGAGAUAUCUUAAGAAUUGUGUAAACUAAACUUUGUAAACCAAAAAAUUUAUUCUGAAUGGAAAGUUCUUCCACUUGAUAAUGUUAUUAUUGCCGCUAGAUGGCGUUAUCUAAAUGUAAGGUUAGUAUUACUAACAACGAGAAUUAAAACAAAACAAACCAUGUAACAAAUCUAACGAUACCUGUUGGAUGCCAACGAUCCGCCAUCGGGGUCAUUGGUCUGUAAAUGUGUGACUCCGGGUGCGGUCAAAUAAUUUCGGACAUUUUCGUUCAAAUGAGACAGUUAAUAGAGAAAUUAUAUUCUGCCACUUCUUUUAAAAGACAAACAUACCCUGACAGGUAGAUUUGUUUGGCCACCAAGAUCACCAGACCUAACAAAGUGAACAUUGGAAACAUUGCUACAAUUAGUCUUUUCGUUGUUAUACAUUCGCGCUUUUUUCUCCUACGUAACGAUACGAAAUUUUCUUUUUAACGAAUACGCGUCGCUAACCGUUCCGAAAAUAAUGCCCCAUCUUUAGAUUGUAGCAGGGCGCGCAAAGGAAAAGAGGGUUGAAAAGUGUUGCGCGCGCAAUUACAUACCGUAGUCAUGGCUGCCUCGAUAUGGCACGCACUGAAUUUCUCUAUCGCACGCUCUUAUUCAUUUUGAAGAAUUCCGAUGAAUUUUUAAUGUUGCAAGAAAACGUCACUUAAUAGAGAAAGUUCAUCAAGCGGAAAAUACAAAAAAUCGCGUUGUGUUUAGUGAAAAAUUUGAGCAUGUUUAUAGUGGCAUUCGGUGAUCGGUUUUUCAUUAAUAAUAAUAAUGAUUAGAAGUUUAAUUUAAUUUUUUAAAUAUGAAAGUGCGGUUUUCAAUAUAAUAAAUAUUUUCAACGUCCUUAUGUCCAGGGUGCCAAAAAGGGAAUUUAGAAUAGAUUUCAAAUUUCGACCAAAUUUCGACCAAUUUAUCCGUAUUGUUUAUGUUAAUUGUUGACUGAUGAAGGAUCUGAGAUUUAUCGAUAGGUAUUUUUGAUAAUAGCUCAUAUUUGAAAUUAAAAAAAAAAACGUUACUUUGAACCAAAAUUCGAUUUUCAUAUUGUUGUAGUACGUUGACAAUAAUUAAAAAAUGUCGAAAUCUGCACGAAUUCUAAUAAAAGUGUAUUAAAAAGUGUGCGAAAUUCAAAUGAGGAUAUUGUUUAACAAAUAAAACGAAGUGUUUCGAUGGUAACCGUACAAUAUUCCACCCCGAUGGAUAUUUUCAACCACCUACAUUGUUGAAUGGAAACGUACACCAUGUGAACGCACUUACACUCGCACAGAAUGUGACUAAUGAAAAAAUAUGAGUAGUUAUGCUAUCGUGUGUGUCAAAUAAAAUAGAAACAUUACUAAAUAUCGAUAACAAACCAAUGUCAGCACUGAGCGUUUAGUGAAAAAUAAAUAUGGAAGUUCUCUGAUUAUAUAAUGCUGACAUUAUUAUUUUUGUUAUGGUCCCUGAUACGCGGUUUGAAGAAAUCUACUCAGACGUCGUCGCAAUCACCACAACAAUCCAGCACUACCCCCAUAGAGGAUCCAACUCCUACGCCGAGUCCGGAUCCCACGUGUUCGCCCUCUCCAGAACCGGAAUUCGUUAGCGAAAUGUCAUCCCGAAGGAUAUCUUCGGAUAAUUACCGGUCGAGGUAUUUGCCAUUCUCUCGCGACUCCUCCAUAGACGUCGGUAACGAAAGCCGACCGUCGGUUACCAGCAUUUCAUCGUUUUCGACGUCAUCACGGAUCAUCGGUCAAAGAUCCGUGGACUCUCGAACAAGUAUAACGAGUUUAUGGUCUUCGGAUAUGUCUCGACGUGAUUCGGAUGCGAUACCCGAGCACGAGCACGAGAUGGACUCAAGCGGCGAUUCGAGAAGUUCUUUCGCUUCGGCAUCGGAUAGUUCGAGGAGAUAUUCGGAGACUAUGGCGAAGAGAAGAAGAAGCUCCGCUAGAAAUUCGCAGAGGAGGAGUUUUAGGAGAUUUCCUUUGAGCGCUGAUAGGAGGAGAACCACUGGAAGUUUUGACGUUGAAAAUGGCGCCAGUCCCGGUAGAAGUCCAUUGGAUGGAGCCGCAUCCCCAUCAGCUGGUUUGGUUCUUCAAAAUCUUCCUCAAAGAAGGGAGAGUUUCCUGUAUAGAUCUGAUAGCGACUUCGAAAUGUCGCCGAAAUCCAUGUCUAGAAAUUCUUCGAUCGCUAGCGAAAGGUUCAGGGAGACAGAGAACAUAUUGGAAAGAUCUCAUGGGGAAGACUUGAUCGUCACACCAUUUGCACAAAUUCUUGCCAGUUUACGAAGUGUUCGCAACAACUUCCAGUGUCUCACCAACUUACCCCCAAAUAAAUCUAGGCGUUCAUCUGGUGCGGCUAGUGCUAGUACUACACAACCAAAAAAUUUGAAUCCCAAUGAUGAAGCAUACAUGAAACUAGCAAUGGAAACCAUGGAAGAGUUGGAUUGGUGCCUAGAUCAACUGGAAACGAUACAAACUCAUAGAUCUGUCUCCGACAUGGCUUCCUUGAAGUUCAAACGUAUGCUGAAUAAGGAAUUGUCUCAUUUCUCAGAAUCUAGCAAGUCUGGCAAUCAAAUUUCCGAAUACAUAUGUUCCACUUUCCUUGAUAAACAACAGGAACUGGAUAUUCCGUCUCUUCGAGAUGAAGUGCCGGAAUUUCCGAAGCCAACUCAACGCAAGGAACGCGUACGGGGUCCGCACUCAACAAUGUCCCAAAUAUCUGGCGUUAAUCGCAAACCAUUAUGUCAUACGAAUUCUUUUACUGGCGAAAAAUUGCCGUUACAUGGAAUAGAAACUCCGUUCGAAGAAGAACUAGGCAAGUGUUUAAUCAUGAUCGACCAAUGGGGCAUUGAUAUUUUCCGUAUCGGAGAAUUGAGCAACGGCAAGCCUUUAACUUGCGUAGCAUAUACGACUUUUAGCAAUAGAGAUCUUCUCAAAACGAUGAACAUCCCACCGAAAACUUUUAUUACUUUUAUGAUGACUUUAGAAGAUCACUAUGUGAAAGAGAAUCCGUUCCACAACUCGUUGCACGCGGCUGAUGUAGCACAGGGUACGCACGUUCUUCUCAAUACGCCCGCACUGGAAUCGGUUUUUACGCCGCUCGAAAUAACAGCAGCGUUGUUUGCAGCUUGCAUCCACGACGUAGACCAUCCCGGACUAACGAAUCAAUUUUUAAUAAACUCCAGUUCUGAAUUAGCUCUUAUGUACAAUGACGAAAGCGUACUAGAGAAUCAUCACUUAGCUGUAGCCUUUAAAUUACUUUCCAAUGAUGGUUGCGACAUUUUUUGUAAUAUGACCAAGAAACAGAGGCAGACUCUCAGGAAAAUGGUCAUAGAUAUGGUCCUUAGCACCGAUAUGUCUAAACAUAUGACUCUUUUAGCAGACCUGAAGACUAUGGUGGAAACGAAAAAAGUAGCCGGCUCGGGGGUACUUCUUUUAGAUAAUUACACAGACAGAAUACAAGUUUUGGAGAAUUUAGUGCACUGUGCUGACCUUAGUAAUCCUACCAAACCUUUAGCUCUUUAUAGACGUUGGGUAGAUCUUCUAAUCGAAGAAUUCUUCCAACAAGGGGACAAAGAAAGAGAAGCCAAAAUGGAUAUCAGUCCGAUGUGCGAUAGGCAUUCGGCAACCAUAGAAAAAUCGCAAGUCGGUUUUAUAGAUUACAUAGUGCAUCCUUUGUGGGAAACUUGGGCGGAUCUUGUACAUCCUGACGCCCAAGAUAUCUUGGAUACUUUAGAAGAGAAUCGUGAUUGGUAUCAGAACGCGAUACCGCCCAGUCCCCCUCCGGAAGAGGCUCCCGAUUCCCAGCGACCAGGCAUCAGAUUUCAAGUUACAGUGGAAGAAGGCGAGGGUGAAUCUGAGGAAGGUCCGAUGUGACGGAAACUAGGGGGUCUCUGUAGAAAGCUCACUGAAAAAGUGCAGCAAUGGUGGCGUAUCAGACAGUAAGCGCAAGCGCAGGCGCACGCGCGCUGACUGAUGAACGUUACACCGCGCAGGCGCGGGGUUUAUUGUGUUUUGCAAUAUAUGCUUGACUGAAAUUUUGAAUUUUUCGGGCUGAGAUGCCAGCCUGUUCUUAUAAUAUAUCGCAGAUUUCCUGGGAGUGUACUCUUUUGCGAUUUUAAUUUUGUCGUUUUAGUUUUACCUGUCGAAUUUUGGUAGGAUGAUCGCUUUGUGGCUCAAUCGAUUACAGAAAAUGAUUACUUUUCAAAAGAAUUAAGCCACUAAUUAUUCAUUAAUUUCAAUUUUUUAAUCGAAAACCAUCAAUGUAUCUAGUAUAUUUCUCUCUUUACGUUUUUUUUUUAGUUUGUAUAUUCAUCUCCAAAAAAUCAUACGGAAUGUUUUGUCCAACGUUAUUUUAUUAUUCCCUUCAUACAUUUUAACCAACCUCAUAGUAAAAACAAUUAAUUUUCUAUAUUAUAUCUAACAAAAGUUUAUUCGUCACUGUCAACAUGCCUAUUGUAUCUUAAUUUUAUAUUUCUCCUCAAUGUAUUCAAAUUUUGAUUCUUCUUUUUUCUGAUGUUUGAUAACACAACCUUAGUUUUAUUAUAUUUGAGUUGCCUUUCAAUAUUGAGAUGAAAAGGUUCAACGGUUUGAACCAAUUUAAUCUAUGAAAGAAGAAUGCUGUCAAAAUGUAAAUAUAACCGCUUCGUUUUUUGUAAUUGCAUCAGAAUGAUUUAAAAGCAUUAUAAUAUAGUAGAAUGGUCGAAUUUUUCAUAAUAAAUACAGAUGGUUUUUGAUGAAAUAAAAUUAUUGUACAAAAAUAUAUCAUGUUAGCGAAUAUAUAAAUAAAUUUUAGAAUAGCGUCGACAAAAUUAAAAAAUGAUUUGAUUGUGACGGCAAGCUUAACUGUUUUUCCAAAAGCGAUUUUGUUAUAAAUAGGUAAUUGUCUUUUUUUCUAUUUGUUUUUGUGGAAAAUGUAUAUAUUUAUUUAUACGAUAUUUUGAAUGUAGGAAAGAAUAUUGUUUGUGAUUUUUAUCAAUUUAAAUUAAAACGUAUUCCUAACCAACUGAUUUUUUCAUUUACUAAUCAAUAAGGUUCUAAGUUUUUGAGAUUAAUUAUUUUUAAGAAUCAUCUUUUAGUUGAAAAAAUGAGUAAUUACAAAAUGAUCUAUUUUGUAACUGAAAGUUACAGAAUUGAACAAAGUUAUACAAAUAUGCCAUAUUGAUACCACAGUUUAUUCUAGAACCUGGAAGUGGCUUAAAUCUAUCUGAAAUAAUUUCCUUUGUAUAAAAAUGAAGAGACAUAUUAGCAAUAAAAGAAAAACAAAGUAUACUAUCGCUUGAAAUAGAAAUUAAAAUGCUUUUACACUGUUUUCUUCAAACCGCAUAGAAACCUCGAAUUUUCUGCAAUAUCUAGUUUAUUUUUAAAUAAUUCCAGCAUCUUACUUCAUCCAAAAAAAAAUAUAGACAAGUAAAAUUGAAAUUUCAUCAUAGAUGAUAUGAAAAAGGAAGCAUGGUCUGUAGGAUGAAUCAAAUUGUACAUGUUUGAUAAAAUCAUAGCUCAACUUAUGUUGUCAGUUCUUCAUUUAAACUAAUUGUAAUUAUAUAACAAAUGUAAAUAUCACUGUUAUUGUCUUUUGUGUAGAAACUGAACUGUAAAGUUCGAUGUAGCCAUAAAGUAGAUAUCCGUUGCCGACAAUAUUUUGGCCUUUCAACAUCAACCCUCAGUGUCACACGCCUUUUAAUUAGAAAGAUACUCUCCCUGCUAACAGAACAUUUUUGUAUAUAUAGUUCAUAUCUUGUAUGUGUAAUACUCAGCCCUACGUAUGUAUAGGUAAUAUAUAUGUCAUGUCAGCUAUGUUACAUAAAGUAAAUGCUCUCUCUCUCAAUUAUAAA